AGCAAGCCCAGUGACUUAGAACUUGCUGCCAAACCUAAGAAGGUGAGUUCAAUUGCCUAGACCCACAUAGUGGAAGGAAGGAGGGACCCAAUCCCUGGAAACUGUCCUGUGACCCUCCCCCACUUCUUGCUGCCGCAUAUGCAAACACACACAGGGGGAGGGGUAAACACAUACAUGGGGGGAUAAAUAGAUACAUUUUAAAUAGACUAAUAAUAAUUGGUUUAAUGAUUUUUAAAAGUACAUUUAAAAAUCCACUUUUGGGCCAGGCACUGUGGCUCACGCCUUUAAUCCCAGCACUCAGGAGGCAAGGCAGGCACACAGAUCUCUCUGAGUUCAAGGACAGCCUGGUCUACAGAGUGAUUUCCAGGACAGCCAGGGCUACAAGAAACCUCUCCCCCCCCAAAAAAAAAGCCACCUUUGAUGACUCUCUAGGCCCAGCAUCUCCCAGUUCUUUCAAGAGUGGAGGAAAUUGCGGCUGUGAGGGAAAUGGGAACAGAUGGAGGUCAUCUGGAGUGAUUUGCAAGGCCUUCAGCAGGGUGUGGCUACUUUAGAUAGGCUGGCCAGGGAGGCCCUGGGCCCAGGAGGACAAUUGAGUCCAUACCUGAAUAACAAGAGGGGCUCCAGAGCUCAGCCUCAGAAUCCACUCAGCCGCCAGAGGACACCUGGGGCAGCCUAACCUGCUGAAGCCUGGGUGUUUGGAGGGGGGUAGUCAACAAACACUUUCUACUGUCAUGUGGUAGGUGCCAGGAAAAGGAGAGAAACUCGCAAAUGAUUGUGUCCGUGCCACUUCCAACAGUGCAACCGAGAACAUUCUUCUCAGAGGGGAAUUUCAGGGGCCCCGGAUGGAGGCAGGGGGGACCACUGCUGGCCACUUAUUUGGAUAGCAUGGGAUUGGGAAGAGAGCACAUGAUUUUCGUUCGGUUUGGCCUCAAGCCCUCCCAGACCCCCGGUAGCAGAAGCAACAGACCUCAAAGUUAACAAAAGACCCUCCCUUUAGUCCUGAAUGCGCAGGAUCCUGGCUUUCCUCGAUUCCCUCACGAAGCUCAGAUCCUCAGAUUUCCUUUUUUUUUUUUUUUUUUUUUUGGUUUUUCAAGACAGGGUUUCUCUGUGGUUUUGGAGGCUGUCCUGGAACUCGCUCUGUAGACCACCUCAGAUUUCUUAUAAGACAAGAUCUCCCUAGGUUGUAUCCCUGUUGGCCUGGAACUCAUUACGUAGACCAGGCUGGUCAGGAACUAACUCUCUGGCAAUCCUCCUGCCUCUGACACCGGGAUGGAGCACCAGGAUUAUGGUGUUUACCACCAAAAACAGGUUUUUUUUUUUUUUUUUUUUGGUUUUGGUUUUUCGAGGCAGGGUUAACAGUUUUGUUUUUAAGAAAAAAAAUUAUUUAUUUUUUGGCAGGGUCUCAUGUAGCCCAAACUAGUCUCAAACUCCCCAUGUAUUGGACUGAAACCGGCUGUGAACUGCCUAUCCCGCGUCCACAUUCCCGACGCUGAGAUCGCCGGUUUGCAAUGGGUACUACUACCUUCCUAGGUUUCCAUUCUGCCCCGGCUGCUCAUUCCUGGUACAGCUUGAUCUUGCCCCAGGGCAAUCUGCUUCCAUAUGCUAUGAAAUAGCCCCAGGUGGCCUUGAAUUUGUGCUUCUCAGCCUCCGGGGUUGCAGGGAUUACCAGAAGGCACCGGGGUCAUCUUCUCGUCUCGAUGCUACCCCCUAUGUCCACAUUGUAAGUAUUAUGGGAUGGUUUCUUCACUGCUAGCACUGUGGGUGCUCAAGAAAUCGGGUGCCAAAGUCUGCGUAUGUAGCCUAGUGGGUCGGGCGUUUACCUAGAAUACAAGUUCUGGGUUCGAUGUCCAGCGCCACAUGAAAUAGGUGUGGUGAUAUACCCCUGUAAAAACCAGCGCUGGAGAGGUGGAGGCAAGAUCAAAAAGUCGACGCCAUCAUCUGUUAUUUGUUACUUAACCAGUUCGGGGUCAGCCUGGGCUACUUGAGAUCUGUCUUAGAGGAGACAAAAAAAAAAAGAGUUAAAAAAAAAAAGAUGAAGAUUGGAAGAGUGAAGUUUUCUUAGAAUACUUCCCACGUAGUAAGAGGUGUCCACCACUUCCUUGGUGUAUGAGACGGGACAUCCCCAAGCCUCGGGUAGCAGCAGCGCUACGGGGGAUUUGGGAACAGCUUCUUCCACUGGCGUGAUUUCGACUCCAGCGGAGGCGACACUGUGCGCGCUGGCCCGGGGGCAGCCGGCUGGGCCGGGAGGUGGGGUUUGGCCGCGGCGACUGGCCUCGCGAGGCCCCGCCCCGAUGGGCGGAGCCACCGCAGGACCAGCACGUGUAAAAAGUUCGGCGCGGGUCUCCGCGGGCCACUCACCUGAGCGUCCGGCCGCCGAGCGGGCUGUCUGGACCUGCGCCCUCGCCCCAUGUCCCGCCGCAAGGCCGGCUGCGUGCCGCGCCGUGUAGAACUCGAGCCCGACCAGGACGACAUGGAGAUUCCCGAGCUCAUCAUUGAUGUGAAGCCGGAGCGCGAAGCGGGGGCCUUGGCCCUGGAGCCCAGGUCCCCGAAGGACGUGUCCAUGCCGGGGCUCGGUACGGAGCGUCGCCUCGACACCGCCCCGAGCCCCUUCGGCACGCGCAGCCUGUGGGCCCCGUGGAUCCCGCUGAACCCUGAACCUUCCGACCGCCAGCCCUGGACCGACAAGCACCCGGAUCUGUUGACCUGCGGCCGCUGCCAGCAGACCUUCCCAUUGGAGGCCAUCGUCGCUUUCAUGAACCACAAAAAGCUGGGCUGUCAGCUCUUCCAAGGCAGCGGCCCCAUUUCAGAAUCCAAGGAGCUGAAGGCUCUGAGCUGCCUGAGGUGCGGUAGACAGUUUGCCGGAGCUUGGAAGCUGCUACGCCACGCCCAGUGGGAUCACGGGCUAUCCAUCUAUCAGACAGAAUCAGAGACUCCGGAGUCCCCAUUGCUGGGCCUGGCUGAGGUGGCUGCAGCCGUGUCAGCAGUGCCAGCGGCAGGGCCAGCUGAGGACAACAAGCCCCCCGCGGUGAGCAGUGCUGCCCGGCAGAGCCCCACCUGUCUGGUGUGCAAGAAGACCCUCAGCUCCUUCAGCAACCUCAAGGUCCACAUGCGCUCCCACACAGGCGAGCGGCCCUACGCCUGUGACCAGUGUCCCUAUGCCUGUGCUCAGAGCAGCAAGCUCAACAGGCACAAGAAGACCCACCGGCAGUUGGCACCUGGGAACUCUGGUGGCAGGGGGGUCUCCCCAGCAGCCCCUCCAGAACCGGCUGACCACGCAGCUGCCCCAGCCAGCACACUCCCAGAGCAGGUGGAAAAGACUGGAGCUGCAGCUACAGCAGGGAUUCAGGAACCUGAGGCGCCUGGCAGUGGGGCUCACGAAGGCCCAGGCGCUGCUGACUGGGGAGCCACUACCAAAGUACAAAGGACUGACCCCAUAAAGAGUGACAAGACAGCCACACCCAGGAAGACCCCCAAGUCCACAGGCAAGAGCCGCGGGCCUGGGAGCAGCUGUGAGUUCUGCGGGAAGUACUUUGCCAACAGCAGCAAUCUGAUAGUCCACCGGCGCUCCCACACAGGCGAGCGGCCCUACGCCUGUGACCAGUGUCCUUAUGCCUGUGCUCAGAGCAGCAAGCUCAAGCGACACCAGCGCAUGCAUGGUCUGGGGCCUGGCAGUACCCGAUACAAGUGCCCACACUGCUGUGUGCCGUUUGGCCUCCGGGCCACACUGGACAAACACCUGUUGCAGAGCCACCCAGAGAUGGCCUGAGCACGGGCCUGUUACGUCCUCGUCCUUCCUUCCUUCCCUUUGUGUGAAUAAACCAUCUUCUGUGUA